CAUACUACUUACAUAAGCAGUUUUAAACUCUCUGUUUGUGCGUAGGUUGAAAAUGCUUGCUACAAGUAAUGCUGGUUGCAAGCUUGCUUGCUACCGGCGUGCGUCAAUUUGCCACGUUCCGCCGAUGCUGCAGUCGAACGGUUUGAGAACAUGUUCGCUUUACAGUAAAAAUGUUAACAGCCCUAUUGGAAACAGCGCUCCGAACACCUUUGUGAGCCAGCAGAACCAGCAGGCUUCGCGCAGCGGCUUCACGCGGCGUACGCGCCAGACCGUUGUCGCAUCUGCAUCAGCAGCUUCGAGCGCUGGCGUCGACAAGGCAGUUGCUGAUGCCCUGAUAGAUCUCCGGGGAAAGACCCUGCAAGUUAAGCAGCAGUCCUGGCCAUACGCCGAGGUCGAGAUUCCGCUGGAGCAUGUGCUUCGCCAUCCUGACAGCUAUUGGGCACAAUCAGCCGUCGAGCAGGUUCGGUGUCUUGCUGGCAUCGAGCUUACUCAUACCGAGAACGAAGUAGCAGACGCAGUGAAAGCGGCGAUGGCUGAUGUGGGCGAAAUUUGUUUGGAGGAGCAUAGCACGGACAGCACCAGCCUAGCCAUUGCCGCCCACAUCGCCCAUCACCACACCCUCUGUGGCGCACCGCUGCCAGCUGAGGCCACCCUGUCCUGGCUGCGGGACAAGGUCCUGACAGGUUACGGCCUGCCGGACCCAACCGAUCUGCAAAUCGACAUGGGAAGGGCGCCUGUAGACGGUAUUGCGCCGCUGCUUCGCAUUCAUUACGAGGCGGCUGCGGAGCUGGCUGCAAAGGAGAUUAAGCAGGCCCUGCCCUCUCAGCUGCUGUUUUACGAGGAGAAAGCGUUCUUCGUGCUUGUGCUUGGGGAUGGCGGAUCUCGGUUUAACGCGGUCCGGCUAUCAGAACCACCCGAGUCUGGAUCAAGGCGUCUUGUAACCGCGUGUGGCUCCGAAAUCCUGGUUCCUGACAGCGAAAUCGCAUCAGAGCUGCGGCAGCAGGUAGCAGAGUCCCUUCGCGCCAUCCUGCCCGGUUUUAAAGUAGAAUGGCGCAAGUUUGAGACCAAGACCGGUGGGCCCUCGGCGGCCCCGGUGCCGCUCCAUGUCCUGGUGGUGAGCCUGGGAACGGAUGUCAGGCGAGCGGCAGCGGCCCAGAAGCCGGAGGAGCGCUAGCAGGAAACAAAGCGCUUGGUCGACGGGAACUACGGGAGCGGGACCUUGCAUGGGCUCGAGUUGCUGCCCUGGGGAGGGGAAGAGCACCCAACGAGCAGCUGUGGGUUACGGUGGCGUGGAGGGACAAGGGAGGCAUGGCAGGGAUUAGGUAAACUGGGCCGCGGACCUGACUGUAGUAUAUCGGAGGAUGAUGGUGUCACAGAUGUGGAGGGAUACGACAUGGGGCAAACGGCAUCGGACCCGGUUCGAACACGUAGGGCAAGUAGGGCAAAGGCGCUGGGGUUUAGGGCGGUAGGCAGCCAAAAGACAGGUUUGGCCAUAUCGUCACUGCGACGAUGGCGUUGAUGAGGCUUGGAAUCAAGGGUUAGGCUAUCUUGUGCGGAUUGCUGGCUACUGCGGUAGCCAGCAGUGACGAUGCAGGAAGAAAAGGAAGAUGGGGUGGUCAGUGGUUCGUUGUUAAUCUUGAGCCGUUUCUCGGCCGUAGGGUAACUACACCCAUGCUAUUGCUGUCUGCUGGUUUAUUUGUCGAGGAUGGUAACGGCAAACAACGCAUGGAGUUAGGUGCAGACGCGUUAGGCGUUAGGAUGUGUAAUCUGGAAGCCGUAUGGGUUGCAUGUUCUUGUACGGCACUGUACUGCUAAUGCUAGCAAUGGAAUGGUAGCAUCGCCGCAAGACACACCGUAGCACAGAAGCAUCAUGCUAUUGGCAGGAGCGCAGGACACGCAUGUCCUGACCAGGCUGAAGAAGCAGGUCCGCUUAGUCUAGUAUGACCCGUGGGUCAGUGUAAAAGGUCCGUCGAGGGGAAGCACGACCAGCGAUGAGAAUGACGGCAAUGGACCGGUAGGAAGACCGAGCGCUUGGGACACAGAACCAUUGGCUUAGGCCGCACUUGGAAAGGUAUAAGG